UUAAGUUCACUUUUUCUCUACGUCUCGUGGGGAAGGAUUUUGCUGCUCUUUAUUUGAAGAUAAAUUUAAUGCAAAUUAUAAUUUAUUUUUAAAUAAAAAUCAGUGCAAAUCACAACUGGCAGCUAUCUUUAAAAUAAAAAUUGAUCUAAUAAAAAAGCAAUAAUAAAUAAAAAUAAAAUGGAUAAUAUUCAGGGAAAUGAACAUCAACCCCAACAACGAACUGGAUUUGCACCACGGCGUCAGUAUGAUGAUCUUGGACCGUCAGUGCUUACUAGUUUGGAUAACAUUACAAACGGUCAUAUGCAAAAUCCAAAAAUUGAGCUGGCAUCGAGACCCAUGAAGUCUAAAAAGGAUAGAAUGGCAGAUUUAACUGCCGCAACCAGCAAAUUAGCUAUUGAGGAAUUAAGAUUGACCGAUAGCAAUGGACUGGCAAUGAAAACACCGGUUUCCAUUUUACAAGAGCUCUUGAGUCGCCGUGGAAUAACUCCCAACUAUGAGUUGGUGCAAAUCGAGGGCGCCAUUCAUGAGCCCACAUUUCGUUAUCGUGUCGCUUUUAACGACAAGGAUGUGCCGUUUACAGCAAUGGGCGCGGGACGCUCUAAGAAAGAGGCUAAACAUUCAGCUGCACGUGCAUUAAUUGAUAAGUUAACUGGUGUACAGCUACCUGACGCAGCCCAAGCUUGUGCUGGCGUUGGAAUUGGUGCAGCAACUGGUGGUAUUACAGCUACAAAUGUAGCCAACGAAGCCAACGCAAAUCCAGUUGGAAGUGGCGAUGGCGCCGAUAAAAUAGUUGGAAACCCCAUUGGAUGGUUGCAGGAGAUGUGUAUGUCUCGUCGCUGGCCACCACCAACUUAUGAGACAGAAACUGAAGUCGGUUUACCACAUGAACGGCUAUUUACAAUUGCCUGUUCUAUUCUUAAUUACCGUGAAGUUGGAAAAGGGAAAAGUAAGAAAAUUGCCAAACGUCUAGCCGCUCAUAAAAUGUGGACGCGCUUACAAGAAAACCCAUUGGACAACAAUCAGAUAUCGGAAGCAAUGCGUGUCGAUCUGGAUGGUGAUAAAACGUGUUUAAAAGGUCCAAAAAUUGAUUAUGUUAAGUUAUUGUCCGAAAUUGCCAAUGAGAAUCAAUUUGAAGUUACGUACGUUGAUAUAGAGGAGAAAACCUUUACAGACCAAUGCCAAUGUUUGGUUCAGCUUUCAACUUUGCCGGUCGGUGUAUGCCAUGGUUCUGGGCCAACAGCAGCUGAUGCACAGAAGCAGGCUGCACAAAAUGCAUUGGAGUACUUAAAAAUUAUGACAAAGAAAUAAAUAAAAAACUUGAAUGUUAAAGUAUUAAAACUUAGCUGUCGUGAGAGAUAUGCAACCUCAUAAGGCAGAAUCAAAUGUAAGAUGGUAGUGAUAACAAAUAUUUCAUGACCAGUGAAUAAAUAGCGGAAAAUUUCCAGUGUAUUUCUGCUUAAGGACCGAUUGCUAAAAGAAUCGUAUGCAAAAAUAAGGAAGAAUUGUAAAUUUUCAAUAUUUUUGAUUAAAACCUUAAUUAACUUAAUUAUAAAUAAAGGUAAAAUUUUAUAAUUAAAUAUUUUGGUUGGACGAGGGAUAAAAAAAAAGAUAAAUGCUUUGCAUUUGAUACUAAACGGAAUUAAAUUUUUUUGUUUACUAAAUUCAAUCAUUAAAUACAAAAAGGAUAUCUGUAUCCAUAACAAAAAAAAAAAAAAACAAUUGAAGUGGAAAUGGUUUAAAAAUUGCAUAUGAAUGAAAAAAAAAUGAAUUGUAUGUUGAUUAUGAAUCUUAUGACUUAUGGUCAUAUAAGUCGCACUCACUUAUAAAUAAACAUAAAUUUUGUAUUAUACUUAUAUAUAGAAUGUUCGUGCAGAACAGUUUGAAAUCAGCAAACUAUAUGCAAAUAACAUAUGUAUGUACACAAUUACCAUGAAUUCGACAACAAUAAAAAUUAGUUUUAAUAUUUAUUGCAGAAAACUUGAAUAAAUUACGAUUUCAGAGAAUUAAA